AUGGGCAAAAUCGACGACAUCGAGAACCACACCAAGGGUUCGCCACCAGCGACCCUCGACCGCGGUGACAGCCACGACGGCAAGGCAUCACUCAAGGGCUCCGAACCUCAUGUCGGUCGCUCUGAGCUGAGCGAUGUCAUCCCUCCUGAUGAUGGCUACGAGGGAAAGCACCGGUGGGAUCCAUUGGCGACAUGGACCCCUGAGGAGGAGAAGGCCGUGGUGCGCAAGACCGACAUCUGGUUGCUCUCCUGGCUCUGUGUCAUGUUCUUCGGUCUUCAACUUGACCGUGGUAACUUGGCAAACGCUUUGGCUGAUAAGUUCCUGGACGACCUCAACCUUUCUCGAGACGACCUCAACAACGGUAACACGAUCCAGUUGGUUGCAUUCUUGAGCGCCGAGUUCCCUGUUCAGUUCCUGACCAAGCGUUAUGGGUUUCGUUAUGUCCUUCCGGCCAUGAUGUUUGCGUGGGGAACUGUCUCCUGGGGUCAGGCAUGGAUUCACGACCGGGCAAGCUUUUAUGUUACCCGUGCACUUAUUGGUGCUUGCGAGGGUGGUUUCAUUCCGGGUGCUAUUCUCUACGCGACCUACUUUUACACCUCCUCCGAACUGUCGACUCGUCUGGCGGUGUUUUGGUCGACUUUGAACGUUGCACGCGUCAUCUCGGCUUUGUUGGCGGCUGGUAUUCUCAAGAUGCGUGGUAUUGGUGGCCACCCGGGGUGGUUUUGGCUGUUUUUGCUUGAGGGUCUUCUUACUGUUCUUCUGGCUUUCAUCGUAAGUUCUGCCCAUCUUUUAAAAACCCUCUACGUCAAGGCUACCUGGACAGAUAAGUCUCUCUGGGGACUCUUCUUCAUCGGCCUCAUCGCCUACAUUCCCGCAACCCCAGUCCAGGGCUACCUCACCCUGACCCUUCGCGACCUCGGCUUCACCGACAGCUUCGAGAUCAACAUGCUCACCAUCCCGUCGGCCGUCCUCCAGAUCAUCACCAUGCUGAUCCUCGCCCGGUCGAGCAAGUACUUCAACGAGCGGACCUUCCACUGCUUCGUGGGCGAGUUCUGGGUCAUGCCGCUGCUCAUCGCCUUGAUCACGCUGCCUGACGGAGGUCGUGAGUGGGGGCGGUAUUCACUGAUCACGCUCAUCAGCGGGUACCCUUACUUCCAUCCUAUUGUCACUUCUUGGAUCUCGGAGAACACUUUUGAUGUCAAGAAGCGGGCUAUUGCGGCGGCGACGUACAAUGUUAUUGUGCAAGUUGGUAGUCUGAUUGGCAGUCAGAUUUAUCGCGACUACCAGAAGCCGUAUUAUAAGAUUGGUAAUACCACGCUCGUGUCUAUCAGUGCGUUGGCUUUGAUCACAUUUGUUGUUCAGAGAUUCGUCUUGGUUGGACUCAAUAAGAAGAAGGAGAAGGAGUGGGAGAAGAUGUCGAGGGAGGAGCAGUUGGCUUAUCAGAAUGAUGUGACGGCCAGAGAGUUGGAUGGGAAUAAGCGGUUAGAUUUCCGGUUUGUAUACUAG